AUGGCUGUUAAGGAGCGCUCGAGAGCCUCCUCUCAACGUCAAAACUGGCAGAACACAUUCAGCGGUUUGGUGCAGAUGAUACGGGAUCAACAAUCACAGCUCGAGACACUGGCCAAAGACCGACAACUCCUUGAAGAUCGCGUCCGAAUGCAAAACGAGCGAUGGACCUAUGAUAUUCGUCUCUUGGAAGAUCAAAUCUCCCAGAUGAAGGGUGAUUUGGAAUUUCAAGAGUUGGCGGGCUCCCUUCAGGCGGCCAAGUUUGAGUUGGUCCUGGGAUUGAAGCAACGAGAGGGUUAUCUCACCAAACUCAAAUUAGAAUAUACGGACAGUGAGUUAGAAGGUUUCAAAGGAUGGUUUGACUUAUACAAUAAAUUCUCUGAUUUAAAGGGAGGAGGCGAAGAUGGGGAUAAAAGAAUUAGCAAUACAAAGUCUCCCAAAAAAAGCAAGCAAGAGAAACAGCGUUCUAAACAAUUGGAAGAUGACCUCAGGAGGUUAAAGCAGCAGUAUGAUAAGCUCGCUUCAGAAAAGAGCUCGGAGGUAUCCGCACUAUUGGCAGAGAAGAAGUUUGUGUGGAAUCAGUAUAAGAUUAUGGAAGAAAAUUACACCACUAAACUAAGGAGCAAGCAUUCUGAAGUUGAGCAGGCGGAGGCAAAGAUACAAAAUUUUCUUGCUCAUAUGGAGCACUUACAAUCCUCAAAUAAGGAAAAGGAUGGCAAGAUUGCAAUAUUAGUAAGUAAAAUUGCUAAGAUGGAGUCUGAUUCAAAUAAGUUGAAGGAAGAAGUUUCCAAACUUUCAACGGAGUUGGAUUUGCUAAGAAAGUCCACAAGUGCUUCCUCUACUCCUCUCUUGAACCAUUGCACGGCAGGAACUAGAACUUAUAGCUUGAGAGGCAACAAUAGUGCUAAGGAUAGAACCAAUGUAACUGUGAAGAAAGAUUCAUCUGCUGCACAACUUCCUGAUCCCAUGAAGGACACCAGAAAGGGGAGCAGCAUCUCAAAGAGAAAAAUAGACGAUGUUAUAACGAUUUCGGAGACUCCAAAGUUGUUCUCAUCCAGAUUUAAAGUACCAAAAUUGAAGAAUGCAUCACCGGGCAUAAGAUAA